GCCCGCCAGGCGGGAGAUGCCGAGCCGAGGCCUGCGCCUGCUCGUGAGGUGCCUGGUGCCUUGGCACGGGGCGGUUCGAGGCCUGUCGGUCGAGGCACCGGCUGGCAGGCCGUUCUCGCUGUGGGGUAAGGUUUUCGACGUUACGAUUCUCAUCUUCCUAUGUCUUCAACGUUUUGGCCUCUCUCACACUCGUUCUUCUUUCCUCAGGUUGAAGCGGACGCUCGAGCAGGCCCAGCCUUCGAUGGCCAAGAGGCUUAAGGCGGGAGCGGCCUCCAAAGAAUCAGGUUCCCCCGAUCCCUGGCCGUCGACUGGUGUCGAGGAUGCCCCGCCUCGCCCCUUGGUAGGGGAGUCCAUUCCGCCGUCGCCGAGGCGGGUCGAGGCGCCUCGCCCCCAAGAGCAAGAGGGAGCCCCCGAGCCUCCCCGAUCUGGGGUCGAGGGGGACCCUAUCACAAUAAGCGACGGGUCCGGCGGCGACGGGCCUUCGAAGGACGCCCGCCCUAUGGACGAGGAGGCCGAGACUUCUCUCAUCGCUAUGCGGAUGCCCUGGCCUGUCGGGCUUCGCUCCGUCGAGGAGCAGAGAAAGAAGGAGGAAGAGGAGCGCGAGCUGGAGACGCGGCAACAGCUGCAAGAGGAGCAGCGGCCGCAGUAGAAAGAAGGAGAGGAGGGGCGGC